AUGGGUUUUUUCCGGCGACUUUUUGGCGCCAAGAAGAAGUCUAGAUCUUCAAAAACAACGCCCUCUGUGUCACAGUCCAACAAGGUUGAUCAAACGUUGUUGUCUGAUACUGCUUAUGAUGCUAACAAUUUGGAUGCCAAUAAGCAUGCAAUAGCUGUGGCAGCUGCUACUGCUGCUGUUGCUGAAGCUGCACUUGCUGCUGCUCAAGCGGCUGCUGAGGUUGUUAGAUUGACUACUGGUGGUGCUGGUGGGAGAGGUGGUGGUAAUGUUGUCGGUGCCAGUCACCGGCGGUUUGUGGAGGAAGUGUCGGCGGUUAAAAUUCAAUCUGCCUUUCGUGGUUAUUUGGCAAGGAGAGCACUAAGGGCACUAAAAGCACUGGUGAAGCUUCAAGCCUUAGUGAGAGGCCACAUUGUGAGAAAGCAAACAGCAGACAUGCUUAGGCGUAUGCAAACAUUAGUGAGGCUGCAGGCUCGAGCCCGUGCUAACCGCAGUCAUGUGUCCGAGUCUUGGCAUACUCCUAGCAUGUCCUUCCAUUCUCGUUACGCUCAAUUGGCAUUGCAAGUUUUCAAGUCUGACACUAGUCUCUUCAGAAUGGUAUAUGCUAUUCAGGUCCCUGCAAGUCCUUCUAAGGACAUCCUGUUUCGUGCUUCUAGUACCAAAUUUGAUGGGCCUUCAAUUCUCAAGAGAUGUGGUUCAACUGCAAACUUUAGGGAGAGCAUUGACUUCGACAAAGUAAAAUUGGAUUCAAAUUGGCUAGACCGUUGGAUGGAAAAUUUGAGAAAUGACCAUGGCAACAAUCCACAGAGAAAUCGAAAUGCUGAUGAUGAGAAGAGUGACAAGAUCCUUGAAGUAGACACUUGGAAGCCCCAUGUGAAAUCCCAACAAAAUAAUAGAGCAUUUCAGACUUCACAGCAUGGUUUGACUUCAGAUCAUAACAAUCAGAGCUUUAUGACAUUUGACUCUCCAUCAAAACUAUCAAAAAAAGCUCCAAAUCCAAUGCCGAGCAUCCCUUCAGAAGAAAUCAUGCACUCUCUUAAAUUACCCUUAGGAAAUGAUGAAGCAGUUUCUAGGACCGCCGAGAACAGCCCUCGUGUGUUUUCUGCAACAUCUAGACCUGGAAGUAGUGGUAGAAGAGGAGGCGGCCCAUUUACGCCAACAAGAAGUGAGUGCUCGUGGGGCUUCUUUAAUGGAUACUCGGGUUAUCCCAACUACAUGGCUAACACAGAAUCAUCUCGAAACAAGGUUAGGUCCCAAAGUGCCCCAAGGCAGAGGCUAGAGUUCGAGAAAUAUGGUUCAAGCAGAAGAUCUGUUCAGGGAUAUUCUGAUGCUGACACACGUUCCGAAAGGGGUUUUCCUCAAAAUACCGAACUUCGGAACAAAGCUUAUGUAGCAUCUGGCUACUUGAAUAGACUAUGGACUUCCAACUUAAGGUGA